UUAAAUUUAAAUUGUGUUGAAAUUAAUAAAAAAUUAUUGAAUACGCUUGCCAAAGAAAAAAAUGUAUAUUUUACAACAGUUACCAAUAUAUGUGCUAUUAACUUUAUGUCUAAUCUAUUGGACAGAAAGGACAAAUGGUUAUUUUGCGGCAUAUAGCGAACAGAACACGGAUCAAAAUUGUUUUUGUGAGCUGGAGGGUUCUAUCAACGAUUGUAGUUGCGAUGUAGAUACAGUAGAUCAUUUUAAUAAUAUGAAAGUGUAUCCACGAUUAAAAAGUCUUUUGGUUAAAAACUACUUUCGCUUCUUCAAAGUGAACCUCAAGCGGGAAUGUCCUUUUUGGCCAGAUGACAGCAAGUGUGCAAUACGAUUUUGUCAAGUCGAGAAUUGUGCAGAGCAAGAAAUACCAAAAGGAUUAAAGGAACAUAGUGAACAUGUUGACAAGUCAGCUUUGUUUAAGUAUACCAAAGAAGCACAGAACGUUGAUUGUUCUCAUGCGGAAGAUUUUAAUAGUGCCCUUGGCUUUCUGGAUACAAGUAUUAGUGAUCAAUCGCAUAGAGAAUUUGCACGUUGGGCUGAACAUGAUGAAGCUGAAGAAGAAUUUUGCAUAUUGGAUGACGACGAAUCUGGUUCACAAUAUGUAGAUUUAUUAUUAAAUCCUGAAAGAUAUACGGGUUAUAAAGGAGAUUCAGCACAUCGUAUUUGGAAAAGUAUCUACCAUGAAAAUUGCUUUGGUAUGAAUGAUACAAAAUCCGUACCGAAUUAUAUACCACAUAUAGAUUUGCGUAAUGUUUGUUUGGAGCAGCGAGCAUUUUAUCGAAUUAUUUCUGGACUACAUUCAAGCAUUAAUAUUCAUCUUUCGGCAAAAUAUUUGUUAUCAGAAUCUAAAGACUUUUUAAGUCCACAGGGUAUUUGGGGACCAAAUUUGCAAGAGUUCGAAAAACGUUUUAGCCCAGAAAAUACAAAUGGUGAAGGACCACAUUGGUUGAGAAAUUUAUAUUUUAUAUAUUUAAUUGAAUUACGUGCAUUGGCCAAAGCGGCACCUUAUUUACGAAGGGAGGCUUAUUAUACUGGGAUAUCAGAAGAGGACAAUGAAGUGAAAUUGGCAAUAAAUGAUUUAUUAUCUGUUGUAGAGUCAUUCCAAUCACAUUUUGAUGAAAAUGCUUUAUUUACAAAUGGCAUUGCAGCUGUAAAAUUUAAACAAGAGUACAAAGAGAAAUUUAGAAAUAUAUCUAGAAUUAUGGACUGUGUUGGUUGUGAAAAAUGUAGGCUGUGGGGAAAGUUACAAACACAAGGAUUGGGUACAGCUUUAAAAAUUCUUUACUCAGACAAAUUGAAUCAAGCAACAGAAAGUGGUUUAUGGAAUAAACCACAUAUAGAAGCAGAUCCCAUCUUCAGGCUAAGACGAUCGGAAAUAGUUGCCCUGUUUAAUGCAAUUGGAAGACUCUCAACAAGUAUCUUUGAAAUGGACAAUUUUAGGAAAUUGUUAAGAUAGCAGAAACAUCCUGAGUUUUAAUAUAAAUACUUCUACUUAAUUUAUGUCACUGUAAUUAUGUCAUUUAUUUUGAUUAUCGUAAAACGUGCGUGUGAGUUUUGUAUGCAGUUUAUUUUAUUUGGUAUUAGAACCAAUGGUACCGCUUGGAAGCUCAACAUCUAUCAAUAGGUUAGCUAAAAUUAGAUUAAUGCAUGUGUAUAUAUAUGCGUCUGUGUAUGUAUAUUUUUUACUUAUUUAUAUAUUUAUUUAUUCAUAAUGCUCA